AUGCACGUUGUUCGGAACCCUCCUACAGUGAUUCUCGCCAUCGUGGCCGUAUUUUCGACGGUCCAGUCGGCCCCAGUAGAGACUGCUGAGGGCCAGGUCACCGAGACCCGUAACAGAGUUUAUAUCAAAGGCAUCGAAUGCUAUAAGAAGGACCCAGCGCCUCCUAUUAGCGAAAAAGAGAAGGAGGGCGACAUUUUUAGGGGAGUCUGCUUUAACUAUACCUGCUGGCACUAUGAUCAGUGUAUAGCUAGGGGUUGUCGGGAAUGUAAUAUUUACUUCAACGACUGUGGCGAUGAAUUCAUAAGAUGCUAUUAGCGUAUUGCUAAAGGAUCUCCUACCGUAGAGGAGGGAGGAAAUGGAUAUGGGUAGAGGUUAACAUGUGGUCCGAUCUCGAUGUUUUCAACAAUUAUGCUAGUGUUGAACGGGGCUUUUCGUGGAAUUUUCGAUUCUACGCUCCAACUUUCAUAUCUUAGAAUAAGGAAAUCGCCCAACCUAGAACCUCCGGCCGGGAAACACAAUUCCAAGACAUAUUGUUCAUGCCGUGCUCGGGACUUGCUCGUCUAGAGAGUGACACUUCAACACGUUGUCCCGCUGACCGCCUCGAAGCUCUGUUCGGCA